GGAGGCCAUCGCCAGCUACGCGCAGUAUUUCCACCUGGCCGCCUGGCUCAUCCCCAGCGUCAAAACCAUCGCUGUCCUGGCGAUGAGCUCCGUGGACGGGGACCCGGUCAGCGGGAUCUGCUACGUCGGCAAUCAGAACUUGGACAAUCUGCGGGGGUUCGUGCUAGCCCCGCUCAUGGUUUACCUCAUCAUCGGGACGUCCUUCCUCCUCGCCGGAUUCGUCUCGCUCAUCCGGAUCCGAAAAGUCAUCAAGCAGGGCGGGACGAAGACGGACAAACUGGAGAAACUCAUGCUGAGAAUCGGGAUCUUUUCCGUGCUGUACACCGUCCCUGCCACCAUCGUGGUCGCGUGUUACUUCUACGAGCAGCAGCACCGACCGGCUUGGGAGCGAGCGUUAGCCUGCCCCGACUGCAUGCCAGACUUUCGGCCGGACUAUACCGUCUUCAUGCUCAAGUAUUUCAUGUGCCUAGUGGUAGGAGUAACAUCAGGGGUCUGGGUCUGGACCGGCAAAACCAUCGACUCUUGGAAACAGUUCCACAGAAAACUCUGCGGGAAAAAGACCAGUCAAACACAAGCCAGGUACACAGCAGUUACUACUAUAGCCCUCCCCAAACAGACUUCUUUUACCCACGUAUGAUUUAUACUUAUGGGGGAGGGGGGCAACAGUGUUACUGUGUAAAGAAAUACAACUCUUUUGUGUACCGAAUGCUCAGUACUGCCACACGUAUUUCCAAGGUCUGUUUUCUUUAGAGUUACUGAUUAACCAAGCUGUACAAUCAAGGUGUUAUUUUGUUGCAAAUCAACUCACACAGCGACCAUAAUGAUGGGUACAUGUAAACCAAGGAUAUUCGGGGUCCACAGCAAUCAUUUUUCCCCUUGUUUAUAUUGUAUAGAAUGACCUAAUUUCGGAAGAGAUUCUCUAAUUGUACAAAUUGUGAUAUAAUAUUAUCAUUAUUAUUAUCAUAUACGGGUGCUGAUGCCUGAUAUUUAUGCAAUAUAUCAAUAAUGUCACUCUGUUCUAUAACGUCUAAAUGUUUGUAAAUAUUUUUUCAGUUCGUCAAAUUUCUUGUUAGUUUAUGAAAAGGAAGGUUGUCUGAGAGGUUUGUAGUUUUCGUUAACGACAAUCAUUUGUGAAAAAUUCGAAGGAAAAUACUUCUUCAAUGCAAGUACUAGUACCUACCCAUAGUUUGUUCCAAGGUUCUUGUUGAAAAGUUUGUUCAUGCUAUGAAGAGAUUUCAUCCUUGCAAUACAACCGUCCUUAAA